UCAGAUGCUAUUCACACACGAGACGUAAAGGUGAUAGAGCCACGGCCGAGACAAAAAGUAAUGUUCAAGAAUAGUGUGUUGUAGCAAUGAAAUUGGCUUAUAUAUUAAAGCGGGCAAUAGUAAAUGUACAACUCAAUGCUUUAAAAAAUGAAUCAAUUACGUGACAAAAAGAGUAAUUACACGUGUUCACUUUGUAGAAAAAUAACUGUGAAAAUAAUCACAUUGUCGUUUUUAGGACUUAUAUUAUCUAUUGGUUGUAGCUUGUUGCUAUUCGCUUCAAAGCUGUCUGUAAUUGUUGACAAGCCGAUUAAAAUCCGGAGUAAUGUUGUCGACUUUCUCAACAGUACUGCUGACCUCUCUUCCGCUCACUCUAUAAAUGGAACUGUCCCUUUAAAAAUUUUCCCCGUGUAUAAAAUUGAAAGAGACCGGAAAGAAAAAUCGGUAUAUUUUCAAUUUACAGACAACAACACAAGAUCAUUUCUAACCAAUUCUUCGACAUAUACUAGACUACAUCGUGAUGGAUUUGAACGAGAUAAUGGAAAAGAAAACGACGAACAUUCUAAACUGGAGAGUAUCUCACGGCGGACGAGCCUUAACAAGCACAAUAUAGAUGCCAGUCAUUUUCUUAACAAAACAUAUCAAAAAAUGGAAGAUUCUAGUUUAGUUAAAGAACAAGAAGUGGACGAUUCUGCAGAAAAGAAUGAAAUAAUUGAUAAAUUCGGUAACAAUGUGAAUACUAAUGUGAACAGACGACAGUAUCAUUGUAGUUCGUGUUUUCUUCACAACUUUAAUUACGUAAUACAAAAUGAAAGAAUAUGUGAACAGUAUUGGCCUAAUCAAUCUAUAGUUUUAAUAGUACUUAUAAUGACCACGCAUGAAAAUAUUAAAACAAGAACCGCUUUACGUUCAACAUGGUUGUCUCAUACGAAAAACAAUACGGCCAACGUCAGAUAUGCAUUUCUGUUAGGUGAAACCGCUAAUUAUAGAUUGAAGGAAUCGGUGUUGCGAGAGAAUAGUGUCUAUCAUGAUAUCAUCAAGGAAGAUUUCGUUGAUACUUACAUGAAUUUAACUUUCAAAACUAUUAUGGGAUUUAAGUGGGUAGCGACAAAGUGUAUGCGCGCCAGUUACGUUAUGAAAACCGACGACGACAUGUUCGUCAAUAUUCGAAAUGUUCUAAAGAUUUUCCAGGGUCCUUAUAUUAAAAUAUUGCAGAAGACAGUUGUUGGCGCAUGUUCCGCGAAAGCGAGACCUAUACGGAGCAUGAAGUCUAAGUGGUUUGCCUCGGAGGACAGUUAUCCGGGAAAAUUUUACCCAGGAUUUUGUUCCGGUACUGGUUACGUGACAAGCAUGCAUGUAGCAAAUGAAAUAUAUAAAAUCUCCCCAAGUGUUCCUUUCUUCCACCUAGAGGACGUGUAUGUGGCAUUGUGCAUAAAUGUAUUAGGAUUCAAACUUCAGUCUUUGCCAGGAUUUAAUGUUGGUCGACCAAAAAUGGAUCCAUGCCUCUAUAAAGGAGAAAAAAUGAUCACGGCACAUCGGUUAACACCAGACAUGUUGCGGCUGAUAUGGUUCAGACAGUGCGUUGGAAAGUCUACUUAGCAGUAAAUCGAAAUGCAUUUAUACAAGGGCGGAUCAUGAAUUAAAUUCUCUACAUCGCAUUGCAAUUCUACGGUUGCUGUUUCGUCCCCUUCUGCUGUUACAGGCUAAUGAACAGAUCAAAUAAUACACCUGAUUCCAGUUCUGUUUGUUCAGAAUAUUCCAAAAUUUUGAAAAUGUUUGAAGUUCAGAUUCACCUUCUGUACAGCUAUAAUGACUUAAAACAUUAUCUAUUUGUAGACUUUAUGCUACCUUAUCCUGUAGUUUCAGACAUGUAUGAAUCCCUUUGAUAAAUUUUAGUUGCUAGAAGUAGAAAUUGAUCCUGGGACACUCUGAACUUUUGAACGGAUAAACUGGUGAUUAAAUGUCACUCAUUCAUUUCAUUAAAUCCUUACGCCGGAAUGUCACAGUUGAAAGAGGGCUAUUUACAUUA